UUGUGGGGUCAGCUACGUUGUGAGAAUGAAUCCAGUAAGCAGAGAGAGAAUCAGGUGGUGAUGGACUGAAUGUUUGUGUCCUCCCCACCGAAUUCACAUGUUGAAGUCCUGAUCCUCAAGGUGACUGAUGGUUUUAGGAGGCGGGACCUUUGGGAGGCAGAAGUACUCUUGCCGGUCUCAAACCAAUGAAGGUGCAAGCGCCACAGUAUAUGGUACUUUGCAAAGUGCUGUCAAAAGCAGAGCUGGAAAAUUCUUGACACCAUCGAGUGGCUUCCCCCCAGAAAUGGGACAAAAUAAUGGAGGCCUUCACGGCCGUGAUGAAGACCAUGGAUGAGUCUGUUGAGACCACAGUGUUCGACUAUGAGUAUUCACUGCCGUGUAUAAAAGUCAACAUCCAGCAGCUGGGAGCCCAGUUCUUGCCCCCGCUGUAUUCCCUGGUGUUUGUGGUUGGUCUGCUGGGCAAUGUGGUGGUGGUGGUGAUCCUCAUGAAAUACAAGAGGCUCUGGAUUAUGACCAACAUCUUCCUGCUCAAUUUGGCCAUUUCUGACUUGCUCUUUCUAUUCACCCUGGUGUUCUGGAUUCACUAUGCUGGGUGGAAUGAAUGGGUUUUUGGCUCUUCCAUGUGUAAGCUCCUCUCCGGGCUUUAUUACAUGGGCUUAUACAGUGAGAUCUUUUUCAUCAGCCUGCUGACCAUAGACCGGUACCUGGCCAUCGUCCAUGCCGUGUUUGCCCUUCGAGCCCGGACUGUCACUUUUGGUGUCAUCAUGAGUGUUCUCACCUGGGGCCUGGCGGGGCUAGCAGCCCUCCCUGAAUUUAUCUUCCAUGAGUCCCAAGAAGACGUCCAACAGUUUGUCUGCUUGCCUAUUUACCCAAAAAACCAAGAAGACAGAUGGAAGCGUUUCCAUGCUCUGAGAAUGAAUAUCCUGGGUCUCACUCUGCCUCUGCUCAUCAUGGUUGUCUGCUACUCUGGAAUUAUUAAAACCCUGCUGAGAUGCCCCAGUAAGAAAAAGUACAAGGCCAUCCGGCUCAUUUUUGUCAUCAUGGUGGUCUUUUUCAUUUUCUGGACACCCUACAACCUGGUCCUCUUCCUCACGGCUUUUCAAACGAUCUUCUUUGAAACCAGCUGUGAGCAGAGCAAACAGCUGGACGUGGCCAUGCAGGUGACGGAGGUGAUCGCCUACACGCACUGCUGCGUCAACCCCAUCAUCUACGCCUUCGUGGGGGAGAGGUUCCGGAAGCACCUCUGCCACUUCUUCCGCAGGCACGUGGCCACCUACCUGGGCAAAUACAUCCCAUUCUUUCCCAGCGAGAAGUCAGAGAGAGCCAGCUCGGUAUCCCCAUCAACAGGGGAGCAGGAAUUGUCAUUUGUAUUUUAAGACCGACGUGCUGGACCCAUGAAGCAAACGCAUUACGUCAAUCACAUUGUCCUCAACGCCGGCCCUUUAAACUUCUGGCUCAAUGCUGAAACUCUUAAAGACAUUAAAAUAUAUACACAAUGGUGUCAGUAUAUGUGGGUGGCCCAGGCAUUACCAGGGGUCGCUGGCCAGUCAGUUCACUUACUGUCGACCUCGAAAGACAGAGCUUUGCUUGGUUCUCUGAAGAGUUACAUACAUUGUAAUGUCCCCGAAUGUUAGAUAGUUACUACACGCAGCUACUAACAGGUAAAUCCUUUUAAAUUUAAACCUUAACGUCAGGCAGCUAUUGCAUAAAUGAAACAUAUUUCACAAAAUACAAUAUAUCAAUCACAAUGCUUUUAACGUGCCUAGCUCUCUCCUUGCUUGAUGAAAAGGCGCUUUUUUUCCCCCAGUGUCUAUGUACUCCCAAGCAGCAUAAUGGCAUGUCACCCUUGUUCCGAGAAUUCUUUUCUUUUUUUUUUUAAAGGAUUUUAUUUUUAAGUAAUCUCCACACCCAACGUGGGGCCUGAACUCACAACCCGGAGAUCAAGAGUUGCAUGCUCCACCUACUGAGCCAGCCAGGUGCCCCCCCCCCCCACCGCCAAGUAUGCUUAUUAGUGAAUGGAUUUCCUGUUUACACCAAAUGAUCAGAUUUCGUAUGAGCAACUCAAUAGAAGAAGAGUAAUUUGGUAUUUUCAGGAGAGAGAAUAAAGGCCUUGUUUGCAGAAACUUUUUGGAGCCCUGAAAUGUGCAAACACUGUCCUCUUAAAUACCAGGCUCAGCAUUCAUCCAACAACUGUGUAUUAGAUGAUACAGACAGGAUGCACCAACAUUGAUUUAAGUUAAGUGAAGGAUGCACAAAGUGUGUAAGAUAAACAUAAUCCUUGCCCUGUAAAACCUCCCAUCUGGUAGGGGGUGUGAGACAGAAACAGGUAACUCCAGAACAAAGAGAAACAUACUCAAUGCUCUGCCUGGGCCAGGAAGGGAGAGACCAUUUGUAGCUGGAAUCUGAAGGAGGAAGACUUCGUGGAGGAAGUGGCUUUUGAGCAGGUCUUUGGAAAAAAAAAAAGGCAGGAUUUGGAAAGGGAGGGGACUUGGGGGAAGCACAUGAAGCCAGUGGAAUGCCCAGUACAAAGGUGAGGGGGUAGGGCAUGAACAUGUGUGGAUAGGAGGGUGGGGUGGGCAGGUUGGGAUGGGCCAUGGAAUUGAGGCAAGCAUCUUGGGCUUUUUUGGGGAGGCAAAGGGAGCUACUGAAGGGUCUAGAGCAGGGGAGAAGAAUAAUCACCAUGGUGCAUUAGGAAGAUAAAUCCGGUAACACAGGAUGGAGUAGAGACCCCAGAACCAUGCAGGGAGUUAGUUAAAAGAGAAAGGCACGUGUGAGGCAAGGAGAGAUCAAUGGCUAAUAAAAGAGGUGCUGGAAGAACCAAGAGACAGCGUUGAAGGAAGAGUCAAAGUCCAGGGAACGAUAUGGAAUUGACUGAAAAAAAAAAAAAAGACAAAACAGGAUGUAUCCUAUGCUAAAAAAAUAAAUAAAAAAGAGA